AUGUUCAUGCGCAAAGAAACAGUAGUCUUAACAGCGCUGUUUGUGGCAUCUUUGUUGAGUUCAAGCGAAGCGAUCUGCAAACAUCCCCAAAAAGACAAAACGUGGAAGCGUAAGAGUCUUAUCGAGCGAGCAGUUGCGUCUGAUAUCGUUAUAUAUGGCGAAGUAAUAUCCAGCCCUUGUUGGAAGCCUGGUUAUUUCAAACCAACACCUCUACCAACAACAGCUCUGGUUCUAAGCAGCGGUGGUAACUCGUCUAACGCAACUGGCAAUGCGACAGUUUCGGCUCCUCAAGUUGUGAAUGCUACGAUUCUUCCAACUACACCCCCGUACAACUGCAGCUCAGAAUUCUAUAGCGCUAAUAUAAAGGUGAUAUGCGUAUUAAAGGGUGGCUCCGUACCACUUUAUGUUCAAUUGGAAGGUUUUGGUCAUGGCCAAGGAAUCUGCUUGGAUGAAUCUUCUCACGAUUACCAUGCGUUCAACAUGUUGAAGUACUUGAUAUUCAUCGGAAGGUAAGGGGUGUUCGAUAAUUCUUUUUUCCAUUAACUCGACUGAAUUUGGUUCGCAUUUUUAUGUAUAUUUUUUUACCACUCUCGCUGUUUCGUGCUUUGAAACCUCGCGCUCAGAAAGGGAUUUAACUCUCUGGGCUUGUUUUUGAUAGAGACCAUUUCUACACAGCCUCAGUUGGAUAUAACUAUUGACGAAAGAAAGAGACUGGUAAAAAGAUAGGGAACUCUUUUUUUUUUUUAAUUCAUUUUAAUUUUACGGCAACAAAAUUACAUGGCUGGCACCACACGAGCGGCUGAGAUGAAGCAAUUGCUGUGUUCUGAUUAGCUACCCGAGUGGGGAAAAUGAGUCUUUAUUCAUGGCUGAAUCCGCCAGCGGGCUAGUCUCCUUGGCAGCAAAACAACCAGCGGGCAAGAUGAAGCUUAUCCUUCGUUCUGAUUGGCUACCUGAGCGGGUUAGAUGGGCUCAUCUUGCCUGCUCGUGAUUUUCCGCGUUGGUUCCGCAAGAAGAAAAAGUUCUUUUCAGUUGGCCAUAUAACAAAUCCUUUAUUGACCAAGCUUGUUAGGUCAAGAUGGCUAGAUAUUGGCCUCGUUCUUUUUUAAUUGCGUUUUUAUUGACCCUGAAUUUGUCUCGGUCAAUUCAAAUGCAAAAAAAGGACGAGGCAAUAUACAGCCAUCUUGACCGAACAAGCUUGGUCAAUAACGCAUAAGCUCGGUAUCGCCCGCUUUGUCUGUCCCAAAAGAAGAUAUUCUUUUGACCAAGCUUAUUUUGGCCUCGAUUCUAAGUUUAUAUAAUUUGUGUUCAUGAUUAGAAGCCAUUAAGACAGAAAUAUCUUUUUAUUUAUUUCAGGAGUAAAGACGAAAGCAGUUCCAGGCCUUUUUUUAUCAACUCGGUGAACAACCAGCCUGCUGCUACUGAGAUGAGCGAUGAGAGCAUGCUUGAACCAAUCUUCGAGACCACUGGCAAAAAUGCUCACAUGCCCACUGGAGUCAGCAACACAACUGCGCAUGGCGUGUGCAAACCUUACGUUAAGAGCUCUGCGCAUGUUUGGUCUACACGCGAAAGCGUGUAUUUACUUCUGGCAAUGGCAGCUAGUUCAAUCUUGACAUACGGAAGUUUCCAUUAA